AUGCCCCGCAUCCCCAGCCCACCGCAUCCGCCACCUCCGCCUCCAGCCACCCCAAAAAUGCCCUCCCUGAGCGCCGUCUAUUCCUCGCCCGCCCACGGCACCGCCGUCUUUUCCCGCGACCUACCGCCCGUGAGCGCCGCGCCCGCCACCGACGAAAAGACAGCCUUCCUCUCUGCCCUGCGCCAGUCCGUGUCCGAGCUCCAGAGCGAGGUCAAUGCCCAUGUCACCCAGAACAUGGAGCAGGAGAAGAAGGAUGCUGGCAUAGACGAAAGCAAAGAGGCUGCCUUGGAAGCCAAUUACGGCGAAGAAGUCGUCGAAGAGGACGAAUGA